CUUAAUAUGAGCUAUAGUGCGACCUGGCGAAUGAUGAUGCGCCCUGCAGGUAAUGGUCAUUGCCGCAGACUGGUGUCAAGUUGAUUGGGUCAUUUGAGUCUGGGUCGGGCGUGGCCCGCUUAAUUCCCUGCAGGGCGGUCCAGUCAGCACGGCCUCGUGUGCCGGGAACCUUGGAAUAAUGGGUCCCAUUGUGGCUGCGUGGUUUUUCCUGCGGUCUCGCUCGCUCCAGUGUGGCUUGGCUGGUCGAGAGGCUGGGUCGAUAGGAGGAGGAGCAGCAAGGUGGAGGAGGAGGAGGAGGCCCGAGUCUCGUUGCGUUGCUUUGCGUUGCUUUGCGUUGCUCUGCGUUGCUCUGCUGCGUGCUGUCCAGUCAAGCCAGUGUACUCCCUGACUCUGUAGUACUCCGUAGCUGGCAGUGCCGUGCCACGAGGACGGAGCAGGUAGCAGCCAAAGUACAAGGCAGGUCGAAGGGUCGAGGGGACAGACGGUCGAGGCUUGGCCUCAGCUGGCCUCUUUUGCCAUGCCUUCCCUGCUCUUCCCUGCCCCUUCCUUUUCUGCCUCUUUGACCUUGCGUGCCCCCUUCCCGUACUUUGACCCCCAUCCCACCCACCGUUUUCCUUCCUCAACGUCAGCUUUGGAACGAAACUGCCCGACUCGACAGACGUCGACGCUCGUUGACAACUGCAUCCCCUUUUGCAUAUCGUGACGCCUUCUCGCCACUCUUUGCGUCUACUUCAUCACCACCGCUGCGCUUUUUGGCCCCUGCCAAGCCGAGAGUCUUUGCGAGCCACCUGCCGCUGCAUUUUUCAACUUGUCGGCACCCCCUGGGUUCGUGACUUGCGCUAGGCUCGUCUAGACCGCUUGCAGUGGUUCUGGUUCCCCUGCCGACCAGACACCAACCACCAGGUCACCCACCGUACAGAGACAGCUACGCUUUUGCAGCUGCCCCCUUCACCAUACAAUAUCGAAUACUUUCUUUGAUACGCCCGACUGAGCUCGCUGCCGACGACCACAGUGAAGAUGGGCCUCGAAUUCGACCACGAGAAGAUACCCCUCUACAAGCUGAUCGUCCACAUCAUCCAGAUUGUCCUAUCUGUCACCAUCUGGGUUCUCGAGAUCAUCGUCUUCAAAGGCGGUGAUAUCAACGGCAACAAUGGAUGGACCUUUGGAGUCUGCUUCUUGAGCGUCCCAGUAUGGAUAUACCUGAUUAUGGCCCCGCGUUAUCCUCGCGCAAGGAGAAUAGCCGACCCCAAGGCAAUGCUUGUUUUUGAUUUCAUCUAUACCGUCCUCUGGCUGUCUGCGUUUGCUACGCAAGCUGCCUACAACACAGCCAACGACUGUGGUACCGCCUGCGGGCCCAGCAAGGCAAUCGUUGGUCUGGGUGUCUUCAACACUCUCUUCUGGGCCCUCUCCACCCUGCUCUCGGUGGCCACGCACCGAUACUACAACUUCAACGGCGUCCUGCCAGGUUACGAGACCUCCCGCGGCCCCCGCACAAACAGCAUUGACCCAGAUAAGGCUGCUUUCUCCACCGCCCCCGUCGACGAGGAGGCAUAUGCCCCCGUGGGCAUGAACGACCAGGAUGACGAGCCAGAGUUCAACGCCUCCCCCUAUGGUGGCGGCAUGGGCACGAGCUCCACCCGCCACGAUGCCCAUGACAUCAACCCUUACACCGCCGACACCUCGUACGGCGGUGCAGCUGCCGUCCACAACCCGCCCUUUGACCACCACGGCGAGUACAACACCCACACCUCUCCCGCACCCCCUGCUGGCCACAUGUACGCGCCGCCCCCUGCCGGGCCUGCCGACUACGACGACGACAGGCCCGUUGCCUUCCCUUCGGCAGACUACAGCAGAGUGCAGUAAAUCAUCCUGCCAGCCCGGCCGAAUGUGGCCUGUCUCGAUGGAUCAGCGAGAUGGCGUGCUGGCACUCAGGGGCUGUUUCAACGUUUGCCCACAAGGCGGACAUGUAAUGAAAAGUCAUUUAGUUCGGGAAUGAGGAAUGAGCACAGUUGGAUUUUUUUUGGUCUGCCGGUCCGCCCGCCCAAUGACUUGAAUUGAAGGAUAGACGAUCAUGGAAUUGUCAUGACUGGCGCAGGGAAAAAGCUGUCUAUUGCUUGUACAACUGACAGGGAACCAGACACCCUGGAACAACACAUUGUGAUGGUGUUGGAGGCGUUCUUGACUUUACUGUUUGAUGUAACUAAUGCUGGUUAUAUCAUGUCGAUACACAUUAAGGCAUUGUAGGAGCCGAGGCGGGGUCUCGUGCCGAUGGCACGGGCAAAUUGCAGAACGUC